AUGGGUCAACAGAUAUCUUUAUCUGAUCGUAAAAUACCUGAUUUAUUGGCAACGAAUAAUCAACAAUCGAAUGAGGUAUCAUCUGCGAAUGAAACAGAAGAUAUUCAUUUAUUUUUACCAUUUGACAUCAUCAAUGAAAUCAAUAAAAAUUUCAAUUCGUUACCUAAUCAGAAGAUUUCAAAUGAACUAUCAAUUACAAAAGAAAUAUUGAUCAAUCAAAUUCGAAAUGAUAUAUCUGAUUUCUCGAAUUUAUUUGGAGUUAAGAACUUCAAUAUGGAAAUUGCAGAAAUAAUUAAAAAAAUUGAAAAAUUAAAAGACGAUGAAAAUGAAAUGAAUUCAAUAUUUUCUGAAACGUUGAUCGAUUGGGAAAAAAUAUCAGAUGAACAACAAGUAAAAGAACUAUCAUUUUUUGCUGUUCAAUCUUUAAUAACUAUGCUAUUGAUGUUACUCGAAUCAGUACAUAAAUCUGACUCUACUAUUAUUCAUAAAAUGCUCAACUUGACAAAUCAACUUGUUGAACAAAUUCCAUUGAAUUAUCUUUCAUCCGACGUUUACAAACGAUCCGAUAAUUUAUUUAAAUCUUUAAAACCAUUAACUAAUUAUAUUCAAGAAUUAUCAACACAAACUGAUAUCAAUCCAAUUGCAGUAAAUCAAUCAUUUAAUAUUUUAUUUAAUUUUUCUGUCAUGAAGGCAUCAUUCGAAGAUAUUCUACCAUUAAUAAGAAAAUUAAUCUUCAAUACGAACGAUAUUUUUGAUAUAAGAAAAUUACUUAUUAAAUUGAACAAGCAUCUUACGAUGAUGUUAGAUCGAUUCCAAAAAGAAAAGCAAACACCAUCUAUAACAACAACUGUACCACAGAAUAAUACUACAGAUAAUAAUAUCACAACUCAAAUUCAUAAUAGAACUGAAACAGUAUUGCCAACUGAAAAAGCAUUGGAUAUUGAACAGAAGCUUUUAGCUGCUGUAGAAUAUCUUAAAUUAAUUGAAGCAUAUCCAAAUAUACAAUUGAUAACAUUAAAUGAAAAGAAAUUCACUGGUCAAUUCAUAUGUUCAAUAUUACUUGUUCAUAUUAAUUUACAUAAUCAAUUUCAUGCAAAAUCAAAAUUCGAUCGUGGUUCUAUAAAUGGAUCGUUUUCAUUUGAAUUAGAAACCGAAACAUUUAAAUGUCUAUAUGAAAUAAUCGAACAAUUAACAAUAGUAGUAGAAGCAUCAUUCGAUACGAAUCUUGGAUAUAUUUUAAACGUUUGUUUAAGAUUAUUCACAACGCAUUUACAAUUUUUAAUAAGUGCAAACUUCGAUAAUUUUCAUGAUUUUUUGAAUGAAAAUGACGUUGAAAAAUGGUUCACAUUGAUGUCCAAAUUAGCUCUUGAUGAUAAAUUAGAAGAGAGAAAAAAAGAAGCUUCACAUGCAUUGAUUUAUUUGAUUGAAAAACAAACAUCAUCAUUUGGUAAAAUGUUAACAUUCAUUCAUAAGCAUAUUAUUGAAAAUCGACAUCCGAUAUUAAUUGAUCAGUUAUUAAAUAAACUAAAUCAACAAGUAUUUAUAUAUAAAUGGAUUGAAAUUCUAUGUGAUAAUCAACAUAGACAAGACAGCACAUUAGCAUACAUAGUCUUACAUUCAUUCAUUGAUAUCGUGUUACAAUCGACUUUCUUAGACAUUGAAAAAGUUAAUCGAUUACGCGAAAUUAUAAUCAUAUUUCAAGAAUUACUUUUAGUUUAUUUAAAUAAUCAACCAAUCGAUAUAUCCGAUGAACUUGAAUCAUCUGCUCUAUCAACACUUGGCAUAGAAUAUACGACACAUGUAAUUAAAUCUUGUCUUCAACAAGAAAUUCAAAGAGAGAUGAGUCAUCGGUUAAUUGUUGGUCCACCACAGAGUCCAUUAGAGAAAAAAUAUAAUAAAACAUUGAAAUUACCAUUAUUUUCUGGUGGAUAUGAAACUCUAACAGCAGAUAUAAAUCCAUAUCUAUCGUAUUUUUUCAAAUCUGAUUUAAGUAUUUAUAGUCAAUUUUUUUUGCCUUUACAACGACAACAAUCAAUAUUAGACAAUGAUUUUUUAAUUUCAAUCUAUCAUAAUAUUGAUCAAGGUACAAAAUUAAUAUCAAAAAUGAAAUUAUUCAUUCGUAAUAAACAACAUAUCUUACAAAAAUCAAUUGAAAUCAUUGCUAAUGAUGCAUGUGCUGCAGUAUUUGCCGUUUACAUUAAACAUUAUCGUCGUAUUGAUCUAGCUCAAUAUGAAAAUACCCAAAUAGUUAUUUGUGUCUAA